GUGAUUGAUUACAUUUAAAAACGUGUACUGUUACAUUUAAACAACAAAUACUUUUUUAUAAAAAGUAAUCAAUUUUUGUAUAAUACAUUAAUAAUUAAAUAACUGAUUGUCAUUAUAAAAUGGAUGUAGGUGAAUUAUUAUCAUACAAACCUCCGUCAACAACAAAACGUACACAUGCCGACGAUAAUGACGAUGAUGAUGACUGGGACAAUGGAAAGAAGAAAAAAAUAAAUAAAACUCCUUAUCAUCCAAGACAAAGUUAUACUAAAGAAGUAGAAUUAACUCCUGUAAGAAGUCAACCUGAACCUCCUACCCCGACUCGUAAUUCAUCAUCACGAACAGGAUCAGAUUCAACUGCUAAUGACAUCGUUGAGCCUGAAUUGACAGAUAAACAAAAAGCUGAAAUUUUAAAACUUGUUGAGGCAGAAACUCCAGAAGUUGAAGCUCUUGACGAAGCUAAUCUCAAGCGCAUGGUUUUGUUAUUUGAAAAACGUGCUUUUAGAAAUCAGGAAAUGAGAGUUAAAUUUCCUGAUCAGCCUGAAAAAUUUAUGGAAUCUGAAGUAGAAUUACACGAGACACUUCAAGAACUUCAUGUAGUUGCGACAAAUCCAGAAUUGUAUCCAUUGAUGGUUGAACUUCGAGCAAUACCUUCACUGCUUGAAUUAUUGUCUCAUGAAAAUACAGACAUCGCUGUCGGGGUCGUUGACCUUCUGCAAGAGUUAACAGACGUGGAUAUAUUGCAUGAGAGUCAAGAUGGAGCUGAUGCGUUGAUUGAUGCUCUUCUAGAUCAACAAGUUUCAGCAUUGUUGGUACAAAAUCUUGAUAGACUUGAUGAAACUGUUAAAGAAGAGAGUGACGGCGUGUUCAAUACUUUAGCUAUUUUUGAAAAUCUGUUGGAAUUUAGGCCAGAAUUGUGUGUCGAUGCUGGCAAACAAGGACUGUUGCAAUGGUUACUCCGUCGUCUCAAAGCCAAACUACCAUUUGAUGCUAAUAAAUUGUAUGCCAGUGAAUUAUUAUCAAUAUUAUUGCAACAAAGUUCAGAGAAUAAUUUAUUAUUAGGUGAUCUUGACGGCAUUGAUGUUUUGUUACAACAAUUGGCUUACUAUAAACGUCAUGACCCUCAAACAGCCGAAGAACAAGAAAUGAUGGAAAAUUUAUUCAACGUUUUGUGUUCCAGUUUAAUGGAAACUGUUAAUAGAGAUAGAUUUUUACGUGGUGAAGGUUUACAGCUGAUGAAUUUAAUGUUAAGAGAAAAAAAAUUAUCGCGUAAUGGAUCACUAAAAGUACUAGACCACGCGAUGAAUGGACCAGAUGGCAAAGACAAUUGUACUAAAUUUGUAGACAUACUUGGACUUCGUACAAUAUUUCCAUUGUUUAUGAAAACGCCAUCGAAAAAUCGUAAAAAAGUUUUCACUGCUGAAGAGCAUGAAGAACAUGUUGUUUCUAUAAUUGCUAGUAUGUUAAGAAAUUGUAAAGGUCAACAACGUCAGAGAUUACUCAGUAAAUUUACCGAGAAUGAUUUCGAAAAAGUUGAUCGUUUAAUGGAGUUGCAUUUCAAGUAUCUUGAAAAAGUUGAAGAAGUUGAAAGUAAUGCUAAAGAAGACGAUGAUGAAGAAGAAUCUUAUAUAAAAAGACUAGACGGUGGAUUAUUUACAUUACAAUUAGUUGAUUACGUACUACUAGAGGCAUGCGCUGGUUGUCCACCAGCAGUUAAACAGCGUGUGACACGAAUAUUAUCUCAACGACGAGCAUCACUUAAAACAAUCAGGCAUAUCAUGAGAGAGUACGCAGGAAACCUUGGAGAAGCAGGAGACGCAGAGUGGAGGGAAGCUGAACAACAGAGAAUUUUACAAUUAAUCGAUAAAUUUUAAAUUGUCAAAUUUUUUUCUUCCUUCUUUUUUUUAAUAAAUGAUACAAUAAAAGAAAAAG